AUGGUCCGCAUCACCACCCUCUUCACCGUGGCCUUCGCUGCCCUCGCUCUGGCUACCACCAACACCCAGUGCCAGAACAAGUUCGACACCUGCCGCAGCUCCGGUGACCCCAACGAGGCUCAGUGCGCUGCUGACAACGCUGCCUGCAAGGGCCAGAAAUAA